UGUUUUUGUGUUUGUGUGUGUGUGUGCGUGUGUGUUUGCGUGCGUGUGCGUGUGCGUGUGUGUGUGUGUGUGUGUCUUCCUUUAGCUGGAAGAAACACGACAAAUGACGAGCUGGAGAGCAUGUUGGAGAGCGACAACCCCGCCAUCUUCACCUCGGGGAUCGUCAUGGACAACAUCACGCAGCAGGCCAUGAAUGAGAUCGAGACGCGGCACACGGAGAUCAUCAAGCUGGAGAACAGCAUCCGGGAGCUGCACGACAUGUUCAUGGACAUGGCCAUGCUGGUGGAGAGCCAGGGGGCGCUGGUGGACAACAUAGAGCACAGUGUGCAGGGGGCCACGGAGUACGUGGGCCAAGCCCACCGCAACAUCCUGCAGGCCAAGAAGACCCGGAAGACCAGCAAGAGGAAGAUGAUCCUGAUAGGUGUUUGUUUGGCCAUAUGUGUGGUGGUCCUGGUCAUUUCCCUAGCGGCGGGGCUCUCAUAGGCCCCCUCGAGGAGCUUCUGGACCCAAAAGCACGGUCCAGGGGCCACAUCACCACCGUGAGGCUCAGAAGGCCCAGGACCCCCAGGGUCUCCUGCCUCGCUCCCCCGUUCAAACACCGGGUAGUGCACUUAAGCUGUGGUACCGAAACAGUAAGCGGCCCUACUCACCUAGCCGCCAUCACGGUGCUAAACGGUAGCUGGUGGUGGAACAGACCCAGCUAGUGCUCAGAACCAAGACAGAGCCGGGAUGGCCGCUAGGGGGUAAGGUCCAUGAAGGUCUUUUCUCAGAGGGCACCGCGGCUCAGACACUGGGGUCGCUAUUAGCGACCGACUUGGAGCCUGGGAGCCCGGCAGCUCCGAAGCCAAGAGACACGUCGAUGCAUGUGAUUCUGUGUUUCUGUAGUCAUGUCGUUUGUCUUGAACCACCAACUGCGUCUGCUGUUGGCUGUUCUGACAAAGUAGCUCUGACGUGAGAGUGCAGAGUAAGUGUCAGUGUGGGAUCAUCAUGCUUGGGGGUGGAGGGGGGCAUUUAUACUUCUGUCAAAUUGUCUGGAGGAAUGCGAUGGGAUUGUACGUCACCACACUACCAAACCAUACGGGGGACUGCGCACAGAGGCUCUGGGGGCUGCGGUCCCUCCAGAAGAACGGCCCCCUCUUUAGGGACUGGGGGGCUGCGGCCCCUCCAGAGCCCGGCCCCCUCUUUAGGGCCUCACAGACCCGACCCCACCAGGGCCGUGGACCAGGAGCACACAGAGCCAGGUCGAGUUCGGAGGCCCUGCAGAUUGUCAACCUUUAGGAGCCACCGAUCUGUUUGUCACGCCAUUUCAGAGCCACAUAAAGAGAAUGGCGGCCCCUCUGCCCGUCACAGACACGACGGGGGUCCCGGUCACGGCCGUCUGCAUGGUGUUCUCGUGAUGCAUGUUGUGGGCUGUCCAUUUGCAAAACUCUGCAUGCUUGCUGCAUGAUGUAAUUCAGUAACAUAGGAAGCCACAGAACCGGAAACAGGAAGCCACGGAACCGGAAACAGGAAACAGGAAGCCACACAAAUACUAAGAGAACAAUUAAGUAGAAGCGAUUAUUUGUUUCAAUCCAGCGUUGACAUUCACAGCUUUAAAAAAUAUUUGAAUUGCCUUUA